CCUGUUCUGUGGGUGCGCUUGCUGCACUUGCCUAGUCACAGAGCUAUAACAGAGCCUAGUUUCUUGUAAGCAUUAAGCAACGUUAGCGAUUUGACUACCUUGACUUUUAUUAAGAUGAGAACACGGGGGAAAGUAACCAUUAUACCACGCCAUUGUUGGGCUCUGAACUGUAAAAAUUCUAUGGAUAAUAAUCCAAGUUUGCAAUUUUUUACCUUCCCAAGAGAUCGAUUUCUGUCAACUCAGUGGUGCGUGAACAGUGGUCACGAUAACCUGUCUGAGUGCGCUCGUCAAUCUCUGCGUCGGCGUGGAGCUCUCCUUUGCGAAAAACACUUUCGGCAAUCCCAGUUCAUGGCUCCUAAAGAUGGGAAUGACGUGAACGCGCCCAAGCAGCUUCUUUGGAACGCCAUUCCAACGCUGUUUCCUUUGCCCUUGGAGCCCGAGGCAUCGGUCGGGAAACAAAGCAAGGCAGCACCCCAGGAAGCUGGAAGUGGUGAGGAAAGAAAACAAGAAAAUGUGGAAGACUAUGAAAUGGCUGCUCUGCCUACAUUUGGAAGAGAAAGGCUGGUGGGCAUUGUCAAGAAGCAGUGGCACGAAAUAAAGCGCCUCCGAGUGAAUGUGCGUCAUUUAGAACGAGCGGUGGCCUCAAAUCAUCUCCAGGAUGAAACUUAUAUACUCGACUUGCUGCAGCGCCACCUUGAUGGCCGGCUUCUUGAUCGUGUGGUUGACAUAAUUGUUGGAGACAUUGAGUGACAUGAUUCAUGAUGGUUACAUAAUUGUUGGAAAGGUUCACAGAUGCAGGACCAUGGUCCUGCAUCUGUGAACACAUGAGAUCUCUAGUUUCUGUUUAUUUUUAAUCCUAAACAGGAUUACAGUGCCUUUAUAUUUAAAAAAAAUAGCGAAAGCAUCAAAUUCUUUAUGGUCUUUGAUUGCAUGGGUUCUUGCAUUAUUUUGACUAUAACUUUCUGCAUGUGAUGCCAUAUUUGUGUAAUUUCAGUAUAUUUAAGGUGCAUUCAAUGCGUAUCAACGUUGAUAUUACAUAUAUUGUAGCACAACGAAAUACUUUGCAUUUUCAGCUUGUGUAUUUGCUCUUUGCCCGAUUUCUAACCUUGACUGCUUCCCUUUUUUUCUGCACUCUUGUACCAUUGCUUUUUUCGGGUUUCAUGCUUUGUUUUCUUUUUCAUGUUAUUUGUGUAAUAAAAGCGCACAUUUACUAAGGUUUAGAGAUUUUCGUGGGAACUUUUCAAAAGUGAAUAGAUGUGUGAAUGAAUGAUUGAUUUGAGUGACUACUAUGUGAUAUUUUGUCUUUAUGUAUUAUUGAGUUAAAGCUACAUAAGUGUAAAUUAAAGGGCUCGUUUUGUUUUUUAGACAAUAUAAUGAGAAAAAAAACAGACAGUGAUACCAGGGAAAGUAUAGGGCUUGUUAUUAGAAGUAAUUGUAAUGUAAAUGUGAAGAAAGAAAAGGGGAUGAAAAGAUAACUUGCCACUGGCAGGAUCUUAACCUGUGACUUUUGAAUAAUGCGCCCGAUGUUCUACCACUGAGCUAUAGUGGCGGUCGUCCCUCAUUCCACUUUAUAAGGUUUAUAUGUAUUUAAACAUGGGAGUUUCAGUCAGCGCAACCUGAUGACACUGCGGCAAAUCUGGAACACCCUUAUUGCUUGUUGUGGCAUCACGUAGUAUGUUAUCUUGUUACCAGAUUGCAGCUGACUGAAUCUUCCACAGUUAAAUGCACAUAUAAAUUCUAUAAAGUGGACAGAGGGGUGACCGCCAUCAUAGUUCAGUGGUAGAACAUCGGGUGCGUUAUUCAAAGGUCACAGGUUCCGAUCCUGCCAGUGGCAAGUUAUCUUUUCGUCCACUUUUCUUCACAUUUACAUUACAAUUACUUUUAAUAACAAGCCUUACUCUUUCUAUCACAUUAUUUAUUGUCUAUUUGUUCUCAUUGAUAUUAUAGCUAUAGAAGUAGUAAUAUUUAUGCAUACUAUUAUCUCCCUUUCUUUAUUUGUCUAGUAAUUUUCCUCCCCGUACAUGUAAAGCAGCAAACUAGAUAUUUGUUCUGGUUAAGCUAAAUGCUUUUUUUUUUGUCUUCCCCCAUAUGGUUGGUCGCUACAGCUGGUAGGCUAAAGUACUUGUUACCCUCAAGUUAUUUGGCAAAUGGUUGCAAUACCAGCAUGUAUGCAUUGUUCCUUGACUGAUGCUUUUCCAAGAUGGGAAAUAUUGGUAUUGCUAAACAGAAAGGUAAGGGUGCAAGGCACCUAACGUGCCCAGGGGGAUGGUUAAGAAUUUCCGUUAUUCCCGAGUAAUGGUGCCAUGGCUUUAUACUCCGCAAUGAAACUUACAUUUGUCAUAAUAUUGUUUGUACAUGUUUGUACUAUUAUAUACUGGAUGUCAAGAGUCACAAAAACAAAUGACUAGAAAUAUUUCACUAUGGUCACAAUUGUCCCCUUAGGUCCCCACUCGGAAAUGAUUCCUCGAUAUGCCUUGUUAAGGUCUACUAGAUGCCAUUUUGAAUGGUACAUGUGUUAUUAAAUGCAAAGCAUUUCUUUGCGUACUGCAAGCACUUUGAAUGUCUAUCUACGUAGCUAGCUAUCUAGCCACCUACGUCUGGGUUCUCUCGUGAUCACGCCAUUAGCUUGUGGUAUACAAAAAUUAGUAUGGGAGGGUAAAAUGGUUUCACAAAUAUGACUCGCUAGUCAUGACAUGAAUAAUGUCGCAAUGCCGUCGCGUAUGUAGUCUUACCCUUUUUGCCAGACGUGUGGCGCACAUCCGCGGGCGGGUAUGUGCCACAGGUAAUUGACAGUUCAUAUCUACUCAGGAAUGCGGAAAACAGACGUGGGUAAUUUUAACACGUGGGCGUUAAUAAAAAGUCAACAUUGGCAGCAUUGACCCAAUAAAUGCAAAUAAUAAAUAUCAGGGUCCCAGCUGGAAUCGAACCCCAGCAUUCUGCAUGGCCAUCUGAUAUUCUACCACAAAAUCUCGCCAGGUUUCUGAACUAUUCAAAUAGACCCUAAUGUUCAUGAAAUGUCAAUUCUGAUUGCAUGUGCUGCCCAUAUAAUUUUAUUUACAUUACAUAUGUACUCCUAUGAUACAGCUGUCACUUUGAGUUGAUGUCAGUUGUAGUUGGGUGCCAUCCGCUGAAGUUUAUAUACCCGUGUAGUAGUGUCCGGGGCUACCAUACUCGCAAACACCAGCGCCUCAUAUCGGCUUACCACUGCUGGUGUCGCUAAUAUCCAUGAUGCUGUUGGCAUUGAUGCAACUGCAAACUGGUUGUAUAAAACAUGUGUGGCUGUUCACUGUAUGUCAGUGCAUGCAUUUGUACAUAUCUUUAGUGCCACUUCGUAACGUUUCUAUCAAUAAAAAAAUUACAACACAG